GCGCUCAUGAGACAGUCGUGUCACCGUCUGCUUGAGCACCAACAAGCAGGUGGGGAGGAGCCCCCCCUUUACUCACCCAUCGACCAAAUUUCAGUGGUACCUGAUCAUGAGGCCAGGGAGGCCGGAGGCAAGCUGACACGAUAUGCGACGACGGAGGAGGACGAGACGACACUCAGGGAGCUUCUACUUAGUCUUCAGAGACAGGUCAGCGUGAUGAGUAUGAAUCUAUCAGCGAAGUUGGACGACCUGCAGCGGGGAGACCGCCAAUUGGAGACGACGGUCGCGCUCUGCGAGAUCCGCACACAACUCCAGGAGCUUACCAAGAGCGUGGAGUCGUGCCAGAGCGAGGUCUCCGAGGUGAAACGGGACAUGGUGGCCAUCAAGCAGGAGCUGGACACGGUGCAGCAGGUGAAGGAGGAGAUCGAGGAGCUGCGGGAGUACGUGGACCGGCUGGAGGAGCACUCGCAGAGGCGGAAACUGCGCCUGUUGGAGCAGGGUCUUACCUUCUUCUUAUCCUACGCCAUCUUGGCUGCUGUGCUCGGCAUGCUGCAGUUCGGUUACAACACUGGUGUCAUCAACGCUCCUGGCAAAAAUAUCGCAAACUUCAUGAAAGACGUUUACAAGAACCGAUACGGCAUGGACCUUCACGAUGACACCGUAAACCGUCUGUACUCCAUCGCAGUCAGCAUAUUUGCCAUCGGCGGCAUGCUGGGAGGAUUCUCUGGUGGCAUGAUCGCGAAUCGGUUUGGCAGGAAAGGCGGUUUAUUGCUCAACAACAUCCUCGGCAUCAGCGGCGCUAGUCUCAUGGGCUUCACCAAGAUCUCACACUGCUACGAGCUGCUUAUUUUCGGAAGGUUCAUCAUUGGAGUCAACUGCGGUCUGAAUACAUCACUAGUGCCAAUGUACAUAUCGGAGAUUGCACCUCUCAACCUGCGCGGUGGACUGGGCACCGUGAACCAGCUGGCUGUGACCGUGGGGCUGCUGCUCUCCCAGGUCUUGGGGAUCGAGCAGAUCCUUGGGACUGAUGAGGGGUGGCCCAUUUUACUUGGUUUAGCGAUUUGUCCAGCAAUCUUGCAACUGAUUCUGCUGCCUGCAUGUCCCGAGUCCCCCCGGUAUUUGCUGAUAACUCGUCAGUGGGAAGAAGAGGCAAGAAGGGCGCUCAGGAGGUUGAGAGCUAGUAACCAGGUGGAGGAAGACAUUGAGGAAAUGCGAGCUGAAGAGCGGGCCCAGCAAGCGGAAGCUUCCAUUUCGAUGCGAGAGCUCCUGUGUUCCCCGACCUUGCGCGCGCCACUCCUCAUCGGGGUGGUCAUGCAAUUGUCCCAACAACUCAGCGGCAUCAAUGCGGUAUUCUACUACUCCACGAUCCUGUUCACCUCUUCGGGGCUGACUGACGAGUCCGCCAAGUUCGCUACCAUGGGCAUCGGCGCCAUCAUGGUGGGGAUGACCCUGGUCUCCCUCCCCCUCAUGGACCGCACCGGCAGACGCACCCUCCACCUCUACGGCCUCGGCGGCAUGUUCAUAUUCUCCAUCUUCAUCACCAUUUCGUUUUUGAUAAAGGAGUUCUUCGGUUAUGUGCAGGAGAUGAUCGACUGGAUGAGCUACCUUUCUGUGGUGUCGACGCUCAGUUUCGUGGUGUUCUUCGCCGUGGGCCCGGGUUCGAUUCCCUGGCUGAUCACGGCGGAGCUGUUCUCGCAAGGACCGCGGCCCAGCGCGAUGGCCAUAGCUGUGUUAGUGAAUUGGAUGGCCAACUUCGUUGUCGGGAUAGGCUUUCCUAGCAUGAAGGCACUACUGGAAAACUAUACAUUCCUGCCUUUUAGUGUAUUCCUUGCAAUUUUUUGGAUAUUUACUUAUAAAAAAGUUCCUGAAACGAAAAAUAAGACCUUCGAAGAGAUUUUGGCGCUGUUCCGGAAUUCCAACGGGAGGGACAGUUUUCGCGACAGCCGUUUGUAUGGGAGCAUGAUGAACUGCGUCAAUGCGCUGGAGCAACAACUACCCCCACCACCGCCCCCGGCACCCGUCGAUGAGAAACACGAUUCAUUGUCAGAACAGUCGUCGGGUGGGGGCGAUGCGGGUCGGCCUCCGCCGCCGCUGCCGCCCCCUCGGUUCCCUACGCCGGGCAAUGUCUGACAAUGGCCCGCUGCUCAUGUACCGCUAGUCGCACCCCUGAAAGCCGUCGCCAACUACUUGUUUCAUGGACUGAAGCUACAGGCUCCGGGGCGCGCCUCUAUCAAUACCACACAACAAAUGUUCUAAAUCGAUGUGAUUAGGCUAACGAAUAGUAUAAGUCACGGCGUAAAUCUAAUAUAGCUCCUUAGUCUGUCAUUUUAUGACGUAAUUAACGUGCAUAGGUACCUUGUAAAGUGCCAUUCUUGUACCCAUUUUAAUUAGGUAUUUGUCAAACUUUCGGGAACGUUUGGAAACGGGCAACACCGCGGAGUGAUCUGUCAUUCGAAUUCUAGCUUCUGAUAAUUAUAUUAAAGUUAACUGAUAGGUAUGUUCGAAAAGAGAAUAUUCGUUAUUUAAAAAAAAAUCAGUAGAUUUCUAUCGAUUGGGGCGGAUCCGUUAUGUUAUAUGCGCACGGGUUCAAUGCCAACUAAUUCUAUGUAGAAAAAUAAAUAAAUUAUAUAAAAUGGGUACGAUCAGUGUACACUAUAUAAAAGUAGGUAACGAAAGUAAGGUGUCACUAACAUGUAUAAAAAAAUACAAUGUACAUACAUGCUGUGACUUUAUCGUAUUGUUGAUUUUUUUUUAAUUUAUUAUGAAUACUUAUAUUAUUUUAUGAAAGUUUUAUUCUAUUUUUACUCAAUUAUUGUUAAAUGUAACGAUGGUGUCAUAUCUAAAAUGACCGAGAUUCUAAUAUUAUAUUUACUGUAUAAUUAAUUACAUGAUCGGCACACGACUUUUAAUUGCAAACGCGGGAAUUGAUGAAAAUGAUAUAAUUAUAUUAUUAGUUCAAAGCGAGUUGUAGAAAUAAAUCUGUUUUUUUUUUCAGUGAUUGUAUUAAGUUCGCCUUUAGAUCCAUUAUUUGUAGCAUUAAGGGAUAAUAAUUAAAAAAAAUAACAUUAUCUUUUUAAUUUACAAUGAAAAAGAAUAGAGUAUGGUAAGUUAUACAACUUUGUGAAGACUUUUAAGAAAAAGUAAAGCGUUCAACUUGUACGCCCUAGAUGACGAACAAAGUUUAAUUAAUUAUUAGUUAGGGUUCUGUAGUUACUACAGGGUGUAGUCAAUUUGUUCGUCCAUGCAUCUCUAACACUGCUCAAUUCAAUAUUAAGACUAAGAAGCCGAGUUCUUAGAGUUUUUGUGAUGGGGGUGCAGUAAGCGCGGCCUAAUAUGAUAACAUGUCGAGUGAUUUGACUGAUUAUAUCAUUUAAUGUUAUUUAUAGCUCAAAUAUUGGUACGGAUUAUAAAUGUUGGGCAUUUGACACCCUAAACGUAUACAUUUUGUGGUCGCAUUGUAUUACAUUGGCGGUGAAAUUAUAUAUAAUUUAAAUAUCUGAAUGUGAAUUGAGUUAACGUGUGUACGGAUUAUGUGUUACUUCCAUGGCCAAUUAGUUAUGAAUUAAUGUUAUGAUUAAUAUAAAAAAUGAAUGCCCGGUCUCGAUCGUAACAUAAAAGUUUUUUUAAAAUCAACCGACUUCAAAUGUCAUAUUUUUUCUUUUUUUUUUGUUAUAAUUACACAUUCUAGGUACAUAAAAUGAUGACUAUCGCGGAUGCAAAUGUCUGAACAUCUUCGGAAAUAAAAUUAAUCAAAAAUA